CGCAAAAUACAAAAGAGUAAUGACACAUCAGUUUUUAAAAAUAAACAUCAAAUCGCGAUCAGUCGAGAUGGAAAAUACGCUGUUACGUUCGACUAUGUAAAUCGUGUGGUUAAAGUUGUCGAAAAUACAGAUUAUCGCAACAAAAUAAAGAAAAUACAUAAAUCUCAAGACGACUUAGAACAAAAUGAAACCGAAGUAGUCAAUAAAACUAUAACUUCUCUUAAAAUAAAUGAUGAUUUAACUUUUAAAGAAUUCGGAAAAAUCCUAGACCAAUCAGAUACAAUUACAGUAGAGGACAACGAUCAAUUUAGAUGGUCAUUAGAUAUAUCGAGCAAAAUAAAUUAUCAUAUUGAAAAUUUUAUUUUUGUUGCAGUGUCCCACAUAGACGUUGCGAAUGAUAUGAAAAAGAAAGAUAAGACAGAUAUGGAAUAUAAGAAAAUUAACGUGGAAAUGCAAAUGAAUAAAAUUAGCUAUGACACACCGAAAGGAAAUAUUAUUACUGUUCCUGAUAAAAGAACUGCAAUUUAUUAUGAUAAAUCGGAAGAAAAUGAUGAUUAUAUCUUGAAAAGGCUCAUUGUUAUGAAUAUUAAUGGGAUAUAUAACUUUGAAUAUAGUGUUGGCAGUAAAUGUUUUAAUAAUAAUGAGAGAUUUUGCUAUCCAAAGAUCUUCGAAGAAGAAUUAAAGGAUUGGUAUGCAGAUGAAGGUGUACCGGAUUGCAUGGAUCGUCUCCUUUCAUGCAUCUAUGACAAAUACCUUUUGGUUGAAUAUUAUAAAAACAACAUACAAUUUCUUGAAGAAAGCAACAUCAAGAGAUCCGAAAGUAUGACGAAACACAUAAGAAAGUACGGCAAGUAUUCUUAUUCAAUUGAUAAUCAAAAAUUGCAACUAUGUUUUGUUAGAGGUCAAUCUAUUAUGAUAUAUUUUAUGGGGAGCGGUUUGGAGAUUUCAUAUAAAUUAUUUGAGGAAAUUAGAAAAAUACAUUUAAUUGAAUUCAUUGACGGUGAUGAGAAAUUACUUUUAGUUUGCAGCGAUGAAGAAAAAAAUCAAAAAAUUAUUAUCUGGGAUUUGUAUAAUUCUGAUAUGAUUAAAACAUUUCCAUUGUGCAAAAAUACUCACUUGGCUAGAACUUCAGGAAACAUUUUGCAGGUUGAUUAUAAAGGAAAUGUUACUUCAAUUCUUAAGAUGAUUGAUAAUGAAUUAAGAAAGGAGACAGAGAAUGAAAAAGAUGAUCGAAUUUUCGUAGAAUACACUGCAGAAAUUGAAAAAAAUCCCAUACUUAAGAAGGAAGAAUUUUUGCAGGAAAAGCAUACUGUAUUUUUUUAUGAGGAUUAUGAUGAAUCGAAGUUCAAGCCAUUAAUUAAUGAAAUAGAACCUUGGGUAAUGGAUAAUUAUGACAAAACAUCCUUUUGCCUUUAUAAUGAUGAAGUAGAGGUUUUACAAUUAAUAAUUGGAAGAACUACCGUUCAAAUCUGGCAUAAAUUCCUUUCAAAUCCAAAAGAUAAAGAUAAAGAAAAAGAUAAACUUCCCAAUGAAGGAAAACCAUUUCUUGAAUUGAUUUGGACAAAUGGAAUUCCAAUAGAUCAAGAAAGUAAAGAAAAUAGAUUGAGAAUUAACAAGCAUCUAUUCGGACCGAAAUAUUUUUAUUUGGAAAUUUACUGGUAUGAAAAUAAUUCAAGUGAGGAAGUCGAUGAGAUUAACGUGGAAGAGAAUAUGAAAGCAAUGAAAUAA